AUGCGGACACUAGUUUUGUGCCUAUUUGUGCCGCUCAUGUCAGCAGCACCAGAAUUGGAACAGAUCAAAUCGCUGCCGAACUUGGUUGAACCAAUGCGUUCGAAGCAGUAUGCAGGAUAUGUGGAGGUUUCUCCAGUGAAGCAACUUUUCUACUGGUACAUUGAAUCAGAAAGCAAUCCUGCAAACGAUCCCUUGGUGCUGUUUUUGAAUGGAGGACCUGGAUGUUCGUCACUCCAAGGGCUAUUUCUGGAAAUGGGACCAUUCAGGGUCAACAACUACGGCGAAACUGUUACCAGAAAUCCGUGGACCUGGAAUCGUUACGCAAAUAUCAUCUACUUGGACGCCCCAGCUGGUGUUGGUUUCUCGGUUCGCUUGGAUGGCCUGUGGAAUUACACCGACACAGAAGUCGCCUCUGACAAUUACGUUGCAUUAAAGGAGUGGUUUAAGAAAUUCCCUGAACGUAGGAUGAACGACUUCUACGCAGCAGGCGAGUCAUACGCUGGCACAUACAUACCAAUGCUUUCAUCCUUUUUGAUUGAUGAUUUGGGCAUUAAUUUCAAAGGUAUGCUAAUAGGGAAUGGUUGCAUUGAUGACAUUCUAAACUUUAACUCUCUCGUGGAUUUCAACUACAAUCAUGGAUUUAUUGAUGAAAGGUAUUAUCGACAAUCAAUAGAAAAAUGUUGCAACAAUACUCCAGAUCAUUGCAAUUUCUACGGCCUAUCCAUAAACGAGACUGGAUUCUGCUACGACGAGGCAAAUUAUCUCAAUUCUGCUAACCUCUACACGGGACUUGAUCCGUACUUCAUAUACUAUUCCUGUUAUCUUGAUUCUGACGAUGCGCCUGUUUCUGCAGGAAUGGCUAGUGUGACGCUUCAUUCGCACAUUCGUAGAAAAUCAUUCCGUCCUCAAUUACAACCAGCUUGUGCUCAUCACAAUGACUCAGUUGUUUACCUUCAACGAGAGGAUGUUCGUGCAGCACUGCGAAUUCCAGACAAGGUUCCCGCCUAUGAGACAUGCAAUAUGGAUAUCUCUAACAAUUAUGACUUUGGACCUUCGCAUGUUCUCUCUCAAAGUGAAAAUGUCAAGAAAGUGAUUGAUGCUGGGAAAUCCGCUGCUCUGUUCUAUGGUGACGUGGAUACGCUUUGUAACGCUGUCCAUGGAGCUCAAUUCGCUGCCAGUUUGGGUUUGCCAGAAAUCACUCCAUUGAGACCAUACAGCGACAAUGAGCAACUGCCUCCUACGAUCGGUUUUCUCACGCAGUACAAAGGAUUGGAUUUGUUGACUGUGCGGGGAGCCGGCCAUUUUGUGGCAGCUACUAACGAGAAGCCAAAAGAGGCCCUACAAAUUUUUGUAAAUUUCAUAAACAAGACUUCCUAUGACACUCCCAUUAGCCACGACAUACCCUAUGUGGCACCAAGUACAACGAAACCUCCAAGUACCACAUCUGGAAGUAUGCCCACAAAUUGGGAUGCGGCACCAUGGCUAAUCACCAGUUUACCAAAUUUCGACGAACCACUGAGCUCUAAGCACUAUUCUGGCUAUCUGAGCAUUAGUGAAACGAGAAAGCUAUUCUAUUGGUAUAUCGAGUCAGAAAACGAUCCAACCAAAGACCCAGUUGUUUUAUGGCUCAACGGUGGUCCAGGAUGUUCAUCUCUCGAAGGACUAUUCCUCGAAAUGGGGCCAUUCAGAGCGAAAAACUAUGGUGCUAACAUACUAAGAAACAAAUGGACAUGGAACCGGGUCGCCAGCAUAAUAUAUUUGGACGCGCCGGCCGGUGUAGGCUUCUCUGUUGAUUUGAACUCAACAGCCCACGUUUUCACUGAUGACGAAGUGGCCCACGACAAUUUGUUGGCUAUUACCGAGUGGUUCAAGAAGUUUCCUGAACGCCAAAGGAAUGAUUUCUACGUAGCUGGCGAAUCAUACGGCGGAACAUUCGUACCAAUGCUCUCCGCUCUUUUGCUUAAAGACUUUCCUCAAUUCAAGGGGAUGCUGAUUGGAAACGGCUGUAUGGAUGAACGCCUGCUUUACAAUUCACUCGUUGGAUACAACUACGACCACACUUUCAUUGAUGAGAGCCAAUAUCGUUCUUCAUUGUCGCUGAAUCAAGCUAAUUUUCUCACUGGGCUCGACCCCUUCUUCCUCUAUUACACUUGCCGACUUGACGAACCUGACGCAACCUCUAACCAGCGUUCAACGGCUUUAAACACUCACCUCCGGAAAUUUGGCAACCAUGAAGUCGCAUGCGCUCAUUACAACGACUCAACGGUGUAUCUUCAAAGAGCAGAUGUGCGCCGUGCUCUCAACAUCCCUAGUAUUGUUCCGAAGUACGAAAGCUGCAAUGAGGACAUAGAAAACACAUAUGAUGUGACGAUUACGCACUACAUAACCCAGCAUGACAACGUCAAACAGGUUAUUGCAGCCAACAAAAAGGUAGCAUUGUUCUACGGCGAUGUUGAUUCGGUCUGCAACGCUAUACAUGGCGCUCAAUUUGCAUCAGAACUUGGCCUCAAACUUAUAUCACCACAAUCCAUCUACACCGACCAACAGCAAAAACCGCCAACUAUCGGCUUCAUCACGAAGUACGAAGGUCUGGAUUUUCUGACGGUAAGAGGUGCCGGGCAUUUUGUUGCCUCAUCAGAUGAAAAACCAAAGGAAGCUCUUCAACUGUUCGUGAACUUCCUCCGAGGGACAAACUACAGUACACCGAUUGACUACGUCAGCCCAACAUCACCACCAUCAACAAUUCCCACGCCGUCAUCCUGUCCCACUACCAGUUCCUCUACUACGUCCCCAUCUUUGCAAUACCUCCAGUUACCACUUGUUUUAUUGAGCUUGAUGCCGUUAAUAAAU